CUUGUCACCCAUUCUACAAGCAAAAGCUUAACAAAUACCGCAAGGAAGUAUAUUUCCCGUUGUUGACUGCUCAUCGUUAUCGGUGUCACUCUUUUCGUUAUCCUAAGAAAUCUGAUGGCCUCUCAAUCAAGGACUUUGGUAUUAUUAAGCUCACAGCGCAGUUCGUGGUGCGGUACGGCUGGUUUUUUCUGCGUGGUUUGAGACAGAAACUGGGCUAUUACAAACCCCAGUUUGAGUUUUUGGAGCGGUCUAGUACCAGGUUUAAUUACUAUUACGACCUUGUUCGUGCCUACGCUACUGUGUUAAGGCCUUUUACUGAAACUCUCAUAACCAAUGAUGCUAGCUUUAUUGGUCUUUUUCCGGCUUUUUUCAACCUUCUUCAGUUGGAAAAGCUGGAGAAAGGUAAUGUGAUGGCUUUGAUCGAUUUGCAUGCUUUAGUCAGUGGUGUUGACCGUUUUGCUCACUUUGAUGAUGAAGACUAUAACAGAACCUGCAUACCUUUCAUCCAUGAUGCUCCAUUAUCCAGAGAUUCACCCACUCGGAUUUAACCAGCCUACUACUACUACUACUACUCAAGCGCAACCUGUUGAGCUAAGAAGACCUCGAUCUCGUGAAUAUGAAUUCUUUGAAAACCAUAUCACACUCAAUGAGCUUGGUAUCAUUAAGCUCACAGCACAGUUUGUGGCUCGGUAUGGUCCGCGGUUUCGUCGUGAUUUGAUGAAGAAAGUGGUUAUGAAUCCUCUGUUUGAGUUUCUGAAACAAACUGAUGAUGAUCGGAACAACAAGUCAAGAUUUUUCAAUCUGAUUGAAUAUCGUUAUUCCAGAGUGUUACUGCCUUCGGAUCAGCUGUUGAGGACUGAGGAUGGUUGUACCUCCGGGGUACUUGAGUUUUUCUCAAAAUGUCUUCAGUUGGAGAAGCUGGAGGACGGAGUUGAGAUGGCUACCGUUGAUUUGCAUGCGUUUGUUGGUGGUCUUGACUUUUUUACUCACAUGUAUGGUGCCUCCUUUGAUUAUAUCCUGCCACAACCUGAACGCCUUUCAAAGUUUAUGGGAUCUCAGCUCUGUAACCCUCAGAAUCUUCAAGAUUGUUGUGUAGAUGAUGAUGCACUAGAACCCUUUCUUUUUCGACCUUCAUUUAGAUUCCCUGCAAAGGGGAUCACACUCAAGGAGCUUGGUACUAUUAUGCUCACAGCGCAGUUUGUGGCUAGGUAUGGGUUGUAUUUCAAACGAGGUUUGCGCAAGGAAGUGGUUUUGAACCCCGAGUUUGAGUUUAUGGAGCCGACCAGUGGUAGCAGGUUUUGUUUCUGCAGUCAGCUUGUUGAGUUUUAUUCCAGAGUAUUGUUGCCUUGGAAAAGGUUUGAUGCGGACACCGUUCUUGAGAGUUUUUUCGAUUGGGUGGAUCGUUUCCAGCAAGAGGGACUGGAUUUGGCUAUGGGUUGUUUGAAUGAUUUUGUAAGUUCUCUUGACUGUUUUGCUGCCAUAGAUGGUGUCCCAAUCCCACCACCACACGUCAGCUUUAAACUGGCUAUUCCUGGUCGAGCUUGUGAGCAGAGUCUAUCCCCUUUAAUGCAACCUCCUCCUGCUGUGUCUUUACCUGAGGAACCAGAGCCAAAGACUGCACCACCUCCGGCUGUGCCUUUACCUGAGGAAGCAGAGCCAAAGAGACGAAAGUUUGACGACGAGUCAGCUCUUGCUCAGCGUGCAGUGAUAACACGUUUUCAGGGUUCUUCUACAACUAUCAGCGUUUUUGUUCCAGACGUUGGUGAAGUCGUUUUCAGAAAAAAAUAGAUCCAAAUUU